UUCUUUCAGGUCAAAGAAAACAAUUAUCGGGGACACGGGGAUAGUGUGGACCAGCUUUGUUGGCAUCCGAGUAAUCCUGACCUCUUUGUCACUGCAUCUGGAGACAAAACUAUCCGCAUCUGGGAUGUGAGGACUACCAAAUGCAUUGCUACUGUCAACACCAAAGGGGAGAACAUUAAUAUUUGCUGGAGUCCCGAUGGGCAGACCAUCGCUGUUGGCAACAAGGAUGAUGUGGUGACUUUUAUUGAUGCCAAGACACACCGUUCCAAAGCAGAGGAACAGUUCAAGUUCGAGGUCAAUGAAAUCUCCUGGAACAAUGACAAUAACAUGUUCUUCCUGACAAAUGGCAAUGGUUGUAUCAACAUCCUCAGCUACCCAGAGCUGAAGCCGGUGCAGUCCAUCAAUGCCCAUCCUUCUAACUGCAUCUGCAUCAAGUUCGAUCCCAUGGGGAAGUACUUUGCCACAGGAAGUGCAGAUGCUUUGGUCAGCCUCUGGGAUGUGGAUGAAUUAGUGUGUGUUCGGUGCUUUUCCAGGCUGGAUUGGCCUGUGAGGACCCUCAGUUUUAGCCACGAUGGGAAAAUGCUAGCGUCAGCAUCGGAAGAUCAUUUUAUUGACAUUGCUGAAGUAGAGACAGGAGACAAGCUAUGGGAGGUGCAGUGUGAGUCCCCGACCUUCACUGUGGCUUGGCACCCCAAAAGGCCUCUGCUGGCAUUUGCCUGUGAUGACAAAGAUGGCAAAUAUGACAGUAGUCGGGAAACAGGAACUGUGAAGCUGUUUGGGCUUCCUAAUGACUCCUGAUGGGAGGGCCUGACGGGGGCAGUGGGGAUGGGGGGUGGCUGGCUUCCUCUGUGCGAUUAGCUCUGUCUGUUCUCUUGAAUUGGUGGGCACCUACAGUGUCUGUAAAUUGGUAUAAAUUAUAAGUCGUCUGUCAGAUCGCGCUCCUGUUUGUUUUGUUAGCUGCUCCCAUUCUAACCCCCACAUGCGGGCAUUGCAGUGUGGGUGGUAACAGCAGCAUGCCUCGGCCUCUGGGGACCUCCUGUCUUCCUGCCUGGGGUGUAAGGGGACGUCGUUGGGCUUGCCUCUGCUUGGACAGUACCUAGUUUGGAGGGGUGGGUGAAGACGGGUGAGUUGGGGUUGGAGAUUUUUUAAUAAUUAAAAAAGGAAUAUAUGUCAUUUUGAGAAUGAGCAUUUAAUAAAACUGACUUUUAUUAUGAGAC